AAGGUGUCUACAAGAUUGAAGGCUUUCAUACAGAUAACAAAGCAGAGUUGUACUGUCAAAAUGCAAGAUCCCCUGCUUUCAUAUGUGCAUGUGAUGUCAUGACAUAUAUGUACAGAAGGGAUGGGGCUUAGGUACUGACAUUGCUUUCAUCAUCCCCACUACCUCAAUGGAUGCCUCUGCAGGAUUAUGCCAUGCCUUAUAUACUCUAGAGUUUCUAGAGUGACAUGUUUGCUGCUCCCAAAUCAGAUCUUUAUGGAAUCCCAUGCCUUCAUCUCUUGGUCAGCUGAGCCAAUUUAUUUUAUUUCUGGUUUAGUUGCACUAUAACAGGAAUCUCUCUGGGUCCAAUUUUCAAGUAGAAGCACUAAAGCUUUAUGGUGCUUCAGGAUGGGCUACUUUCCCAUUGGAGGUAACCCUUACCUCAUCCCACCUAUCACCUCCUGUGCUGCUCCCAUUCCCAGCAGCGGUAUUGUCAUGCCAAGAUGAGUGUCUCAUAACUGCUUUUCAGCUGAUGAAAACUGAUGAAUACCAUCUUGGAAGUUUGGCAUCUCCCCCUCGUUGCAAAAGUUCAUAUUGUUUUCCAGGCUACAAAUACUUCCCACAAGAGUAUGUUUAGGGAAAGAAGUAGGACAUAGGUUGGGUGCCAGUUUUGACAUUCUCCCAUUGAUUGUGUGGAGAGUGCACUGAAUGGUUGAUGGAGUGAAAUUGGCAGCAGAAAGGAUGCCUGGUGGGUCAGUUUUAAACAGUCUGAGAGGGCUCAGAAAGUAUGAAAGGGAUAAAUUAUAUUCCUAAAGAGUUGGAAAAUGUGUCAGGCCUUCUUUUGCUGGCCGCUUUUGCCAAAAGCUUUAAAUUUGCUUCCACUGCUAAGCAGAGAUUUCCCUCCAACAUACUGCUAAUACGAUAGCCUAUUGCUUUAGUUACUAAUUUUCAAUGUUUAUUUUUUUUCAGGGAUGGAAGCACUGCCUCAUCUCUUUCUUUUUGCAGAAGUAUAUUCUUCAGUGCCUCAUGACUACCCAAACAGAGAAAUUGGCGUGGCCUGUCAUUUUAUGUUACCUGGGUCUCAGGCAAAAAAAAAUCGAUUUCACACCCUCUUCACCACCAGAUAUCAUUCCUACCUCCAAAAUGUCAUUUGCCAAGAAAGGUGAGAUCACAGGUGAGAUAAUGUUCCAGGAACCGAAAUGCUGCCGCCCCCUCUCCUUGUUCUACAUCAGAUGCCUUUCUCUCAAAAACCCUUUGACUAUCAAGAUGGGCUUGUUGAAUGCAGGACUUGAAUCAGCCCAGUGGGUUAGUGAAAUGCAUCGCUUGGUCCUUUGAAUCCUGGCUAAGAACCACAGCGAAUGUGUUAGUUCUUGCAAUAAGAUCACACAUAGGUGAGUUUCUUUGCAAUAGGUUUGUUAUGGAGACACUUCUCAGCUUGUUCAGCUAGCAAAGGAAGCGAUCUGAGGAAGGAGGGCAGGGGCUGUGAAUUGGAUCUAAGGCUUGGUGGGAUAUUCAAAGGAAAUAUGAUGGAGACAUAUUCCUUCUGUGGGAUCUUUUUUUGUGCUGUCUUCGUGGCCCAGAUCUUUGGAUAUCCAUACAAUGAUAUUUCGAUAGAUUGUGACUCCAUGUUACCAGAUCAUGGACAUGCCCCACAGACCUCAAGCCCACCUUAUGUCAUCUCCGUCUCCUUUGAUAGAUAUGAUCCUGGAAAUGAAAUACAAGUGGUACUAGAUGCAACGACACCAUCUGGAUUUAAAGCAUUUAUGGUGCAGGCCCGAGAACUUGAUGGAAAUGUUCCUGUUGGUACAUUUCGUAUUGUGGAUCCAAACACACAAGGUCUUCCAUGUGCCGAUAUGACGAAUUCAGCAGUAAUUCACAUCAACCCUAUUAUAAAGCAUAGGAUUACAACUACUUGGAUUGCUCCUCAGGGCACUAGAAAAAUAAGGCUUGUGGCAACCUUUGUUCAAGAUUACAAUAACUACUGGGUCGGUGUUCAUAGUAAAACUCUUUCACCCAGAUAUGUAGAAACUAAUGAGUUUAUGGUAACGAAUAGCUCAGUACUAGCCAACGAUUCCAUAACAUCUGUGGUUUCUGAGAUCACAGCUGAUUCUGACACAUUCAGUGAAAGUGACGAAGAUAUUGAUCUCAGUGCCCUUAUUGCUGACUCUGAAGGAGAAUAUGAAUCCAAUACACCUGUUGGUUCCCAAGAUCCUGAAAAAAGAAAUACAACAGGAAAAAGUAGGAGAAAGUCAGUUCUGACUCUGAAUAUAAACUGUGGUGAGGGAACAGUAUCCCAAUCAAGUACUGGAGCAUGUAUCAAAAGUCCACAAGGAUCAUCUCAAAGCAGUGACAGCCAAUCAAAGGUUGUAGUAGUUAAACAAGGAAGCAGCAAAGGCAGUGGCUGUGUUGGGGGUGAAGUUGCAAGCGUGUAUAAUCAGUAUGGUUGCAGAGAUAGUGGGGCUGACAUUAGUGAUCAAUCAUCAUAUGGCCAGUCUGUUUCCACCCGUACAGAUUCUAAAGGAAAGGUGAUAACCUACCCCAAUAGCCAGCCCUUCCCACCUGAGAAAAUAGCAAGUCCCAAAUACAGUGGAGUCAUCUACUCCCAGGGCAAAAAGCCUCAGAGUGGUUCUUCAGAAAGCAUCGAUAUCACAAUUCAGAAUGGACAGAGUGUCCCAGCUUGUGAUAAAAGUUCAUCUUCAUAUAGCAUCCAGGUUUGCAACCAGCUGGGCCAGUCAUCAGGUUCACAGAAUAGCAGCUCCUUUGGCACACAGGGUUCAAAACCACAAACUGGUUCGUCAGAAAGCAUCCGUAUUACUGUACAGGGUCAGCCAUCAGGCUCCCAGAGUAGCAGUUCCUUUGGCGCGCAGGGGGCAUCAUCUACAGGUGUAAGCAGCUCUUGUGGUCCGGGGGUUACAAACGACAGCAAUCUCUGCAGUAAGGCUGGUUCACAAUUUCAGGACAACAAGAAUGCCUGUAAUACGGCUAAAGAUGCAUCUUCUUACAACAACAAGAGGUGCUGAGUGGCAAAUCUAUGGAUCUGAAAAUACGAAGCAUGCCUGCAGCUGAAGAAAUUAUACAAGUCAAGCCAUAAGAACGAUCUCUGUGUAGAGGGAAGACUGAAGUAUUUUGCUGAACAAUUACUCUGAAAAAUUACCUUCUAUAUUGUUUUCCUGGGACAUGGUGCUAUUGAAUAAAAACGUUAACGGUGCAAGCCAAAACGCUGUUAAGGAAAACAAUCAAAAUAAUAUUUAUUCUACAGUGGUCUGAAGUUUUCUCCUCACAAACCCUGCAUGCCCUGAUAAAUUAAACCCACCGUUUGACACUUGCUUUCUCGGUUUUCCUGACACUGUGUUUACCCCACUGAGCGUAGCUUAUUUCCUGCUGAGUCAGCCACUUUAACUUCCGCUCUAACUGGAAAGCUGAACUAGGAUCAGCGGUGGUUAUUUUAUAUGUUCCAAUGGAAUAGUCCCAGUUGCACUGAAAAAUGAGAUGUGGGUGCUUUUUAACUUGUUCAUAAAUAAUCUUGGCUUUAGGGUAAGCAGGAGCUGGUCAAAUGUAUAGAUGAGACCAAACAAUACAGGGUGCUAUAAACUAAAAAUGAUAAACAUUUUCAGUGUUUUAAAUUUCACCUAGUCUUCUAUAGUGAACCUGAAAAUCUAGCUGAUGUAGAUAUAGAGGCAUUUUUAGAUACAACUGAUCUUCCACAUUUAGAUUCCUUACAAGAACAGUUACUCGUUUGACUACAGAUAAGAUUUAAAAAAUGAUUUUGAGUAUGACUAAUGGUAAUUGCAUGGCUUUCCUAUGGAAUGGUAUAAAACUUGCUCCUACACUGUGUCAACUAUAUAACAACAUUUUUGAGAACAGUAUUUUAUCUUCAUUCAUGAAGCGUAUGUCACAGUUUUAGUAAAACGUGGUAAAAAUCAUAUGUUUUGAGCUAUUGUCCUAUUCCUUGAUUAUCGUAGAUAUUAACAUUUUAACUGCUCUUACAGUCAAUAGACUUCAACUGUUUUCUUCUUGGGACAGGAAUGAUCCAGUUGGGUUUGUCAAAACUAGACAUAGUUCAAAUAAUAUUUGGCUGGCAGUGGAUUUAAUUGAUCUGAACAAAGACAGAAAACACAAAGCUGCAAUUCUACAGUAUCAGUUGAAUGGAAAAAGAUUUUGAUAAAAUGUAUUGAUGGUAAAUGUAUGUUACCUUAACUAAAUUUGGAUUCCAGAAGGAUCUAUAAAAUGGGUCCAGAUUUUGCAUGCAGUCCCAGAUCUAAAGCGACAGCUUCAUGUACUUUUUUAUUGUAUAAAGACAAGGAUAUUUACUUUUUUCUUUGAUUUUUGGUAUUUGUUUAGAACUCUUAGCUUGUGCUAUCAAACAAGAUAAUUACCCUUGGGUUGUACUGUAUAAUUGAUUAGAGUAUGCAUUGACAUUAUAUGUUGAUGAUAUUCUGUGUUUGUUUCGGAACUUCAUUCACUGAUUCAGGUCUAAUGCGCUUGAUUAAUUGCAGGAUACUCUAUUAACUGGUCUAAAUCAGAAUUGAUGCCAAUAGGCAAAGAUUAGUUUAUGUACUGAAUUUAUUAACUUAGGUAUUCUUAUCCCAUGUUAUAUUUCUCAAAUAAAUAUAUUAAAUAUGAAUAAGAUAUCUAAAGAAGUUUCCUUGGAUGUUGUAGAUGGGCAUCUUUAAAAUUUUGGGGUGUGAUAAAUACCCUCACAAUGAAUCUAAUUUCCAGGAUGCUUUCUAUUUUGUGCAGAAUUCCCAUAUUUAUUUGGAAAACACUGAAAAACUGUUUUAUAAAUGUGUCCGAGUUUCCUCAGUUCUGAAUAUAUAUAUAUAUGAAAACGGUGCAGGUUUCAGUUAAAGAUGGAGGCUUUUAUUUCCCAGAUCUUAUUACGCAUUCUUUCUGAGUAGUACCAAAUUUUGGACAGCUUCGCUUAAUCUAAAUUCUCCUUCCUGGUCUCUUUGAAUAUUCAUACAUAGCACUGUUAGUUAAUUGGGCUGUUUUGGGUUCAAAAUAUAGAUUUAGCUUCUGUCAAUAUUAUGUUGAUUAAAAAUUGCAGUAUACUAUUUCUGGAAAAUUGCAUUGUGGCAUUUUUUUCUCACACCAAAUGUAUGCUAUAGACCUUAAAAUUGAUUAAAAACUAACCAAAA